CUAUGGCAUAGCCCCGUCGCCUGUGUAAUGUGUGCACCGUGUGUGAUGAUGCGUGGUGCGAAGAGGAAGAAUCUGAAAGUGCGAAGUAAAAGUGAUGUUUGAAAUGUACAUUUUAUAGUUACUUGGAAAGUGUCGAAAAUAAGGAUAUUAAUGACGUAGUCAUGACAACUGGGUUGGCCGUUACUAAAAAGAGAUUUGCACCUGUGUUAGCAUCAUUACUUUCUUCUUCAAGUGAUAUUUCAGGACUUCCACCUGAUAGUGAUGAAGAUAUAGUACAGAAACAACAAGAUGUUGUGAAACCCCAAAGACUAGUUGAUGAUGAUCAAAUUGUUGGUCACCGACUGGUCUCCGGUACCGCAGUACAUGGGGCAAACAGUUCUAAAACCAAUGUCAACACUUGGCCAUCCCCAAUUGUAUCUCAAUUGCCAGAGCAACAGAAUAAAUCACAUAAACGCAACACCAAACCCAAGCGCAAGGAUUUGAGAAAAAGUAAACGAGGUGAUGACACAUCACAAGGAAGACAAAGAGCACUGCAGAAAAAUUCAACAACAGUCAUUCACAAGACAACAUUAUUUGCAGAUAAGGAGGAAGGAUUGAUGAUCAGGCAAAGUGUGGGAGCUGGCACGUUUCAGAAAAACUCCCAUGCUAAUCCAGGCAAGAAGAUUCUUCCACUACAAAAUUCAUUUCAUAUUAUCACUGACAGUGAGGAGGAAAAUAAUGAGAAGGAAACAAAUAAGAAUGCGAAAGCAUGCAGAACAGGAAGUCUGAAAGGCCUGUCACCAGUUAAAAGUACUCAGGAUAUUAAUACUAUGAAAUCUGUUAAUGCACGUGUGGUAACUAGUACCCCAUUACAAAGACAAAGGAGUUCUGGUGAUGGUGUCAGCUCUUUGCCAUCCCCAAUUCUGCCAGAUGUUCCACCAUUAACAGUCAAAAUAAAAAGAACAGGUACAUCACAAACAUCACUUGCAGAAUCAGAAAAGAUGACUGCAUCAGCACAGAAAGGUUCAGGUUAUCCAGCAGUAAUAUCUGAUGAAAAAAUAAAAAGUGAUGCCAGGAAACGUACAAGAAUAUCUAGAAACCUAUAUAAGGAUGGUGAUGGAGAUACUGCAUUAUUCUCGGCAGAAAAGCAAAGUGAAUUAAGAUUUGGGCCGUCUCAGAAUUCACCUGGAAGAUCAUCCAAGAGGUUUAACAGUGUAACCGCAGAGAACAGAGGUGCAUGUAAUUCAAGAAAAUCAUCAAGGUUGAGAGCUAAGACCAGAAAAAAGAAACGUACCGGUCAAGUUAAUAAAGAGAAUAAAAUGACAAGCAGGAAACAGUAUCUGAAGAAUCAAGUAGAGAUUUCUGUAGAAGGAAACGCAUCUGAUGAAAAAAAAUCAUCCCGAAACCAAGGAAUGAAAAGAAAUGUUGAAGAUGUAGCUGAUGGUAAAAGCCGUAUAGAGUCCUCAAAUAUUGGUGAGAUAACUCAGAGGAAUAAGGUGGCUAAAAAGACAUGGCAGGAAAAGAAGACAUCGAAGUUGGUGCCUAGGCUGAACUCAUCUGAGCAAAAGAAGUUUCGUAUUAGUGCUGUACCUGAGCAGAAAACAAAGAGACAGUCUGUGUCUGAAAGUGAAAUUGACCUGAGGCGAUCAAAAAGGAAAAGGGUCAAGCGUUUGGAAUACUGGAGAGGAGAAAGAAUACAAUAUAAAGUAGGGGCAGAUUUCUGCCGUGAAGUGGCUGGCAUUGAUUCUGGAUUUCCUUCUCGCCAGUGGGUUGGUGCUGCUAAGCCUUCUGUUCAGUAUCAAAAAGAAGGUUUCCAGUUUCCACAAAAAGAUAUUAAAGGAACUUGUUCAAGAAAAAUGGUGUUGGUGCCAUAUGGGAAUGCUAAUUGUGAAUUAGAAUGCUUCUCAACACUUCGUGUUGAGUCAGACAAUACUGGGUAUCAGGAACAGAACUUCACUGUCUUAACAGGUCUUGAAGUUCCUGGAAUGUCAGCAGGAUUUGUUGAAGUAGCUCCCUUUUGUGAAUCAUAUUCAAUUGUUGAUUCAAAUUUGGUGUUCCAUAUAUCUGUUGGCACACCCAUUGUGACUAUUCAUGAGACUACAAGAAAUAUGAAAAAAGGAGAAUUCUUCUUUGUUCCUCAAGGUGUACAUUAUUCAGUGAGAAAUGAUGCUGGAAGGAAGGUAGUUUUAAUAUUCACUAAAUAUGAUAAUUGAAAAAAGAGAAAUUGUCUUACAUUCUCAAACAUGUAACAAAUUUUGUACAAAAAUGGUGACUGAACAUGUGAAGUUGAAUUAUUUCAUUAUGUGAAAGAAAGAGCAUAAAAUUGUGUGCAUUUUCUUAUUGUUGUUGCUGAUUUACAUGGCACAUUUUAGAAAAUGGGAGUUGUUCACCUUUGUAAAAUGGUGUACUAUAUUGUAUCUACAAAUUAUGUUAUAUUUAUUAUGAAUUAGUGUUAUCCUGGAAUAUUUGAAGUAUUUUUAAAGGUACUAUAAUUCAGUGAGAUUCUAUUUAAUCAUUUGCAUUGUGAGUAGACUGGUCAGAUUUAGAGGUGGUCAUGCAAGUUAACUUUUUAUCUCUUCUGUUCGUUGUGCAUUUACAUUUUUGUUAUUUGAAGUAUGCACUAUUCAUUGCAGAACAGUACCAGAAACAA